AUGAGAGAGGCCGUGGCAGCCGAGGAGGAGGAGGAGGAAGAGGAGGAGGCGCGGCCGCCCUUCGGCCCCAAAGGGAGAGGCCGUUCCCGUUCCCAGUCCCGGUCCCGGUGCCGCGGGGAUCCCGGGCUGGGCGCCGCCGUGCGGAUCCUGUUCGGGAUGGCCGCGAUGAUCCUGGCGGCCGUGGCCACGCUGGGAACGCUGGCAUUCCGGAGGGUGGAUUCCAUCUCCAUGGAGAUCAGCUCAGCCCAGGCCUCGUGGGAGCGCAGGAUCCUCUCCCUGCACCAGCAGCUCCAGGCAAGGGGCGGGAGAAGAAGCUCCGGGAACGGCUCCAUGUUCUGGGACGCGGCGUCGCUGGGCCGGGAGCUCUCGGAGCUGCAGCGGGAGCUGUCGGAGCUGCGGGAGACGCUCCAGGCGCAGGAAUUCCAGCUGGAGCAAACCGCCCGCAGCCAGGCCCGCCUGGCCAGCGCCGGCUCCGACCUCUCCAUGAGGCUGGAAAUCUGCUCCGGUUCCCUGAGGAGCAUCAGCCGGAGCCUGGAGCGGCUGCGGGAUUGGGCUGGGGAGUGCCAGGGCGGCACCGCCCGCCUGCGGAAUUCCCUGCAGGAUCUGGCCUGGCGGGAAUCCCAGCUUGGAGCAGCGGUGGAGCUGCUGAAUUCCAGCCUGGCGCAGAACUCCUGGCGUCUCCGUGAGCUCCAGGAGGACGCGGCCGAGGAGGCGCCGGCGCUGCGGGCGGCGUUGGCCGCGGGGCAGAGCCUGACGCGGCUCCUUGGGACGCUCCGCGCGGAUUCAUCCCGGAGCGCGGAUCAGCUCCGGAGCUUCCAGGCGGGGCUGGGCCCAGCCACGCGGGAAACCUCCCGGAAUUCCGAGGGGCUGCAGGAGCUGGCGGCGCAUCUGCUGGCGCUGCAGCUGCAGCUGGACGGGGCCGCGGCGCAGCUGGAGGAGCAGCGGGACGGCGCGCAGGAGCUGCGGCGGCGCCGCGCCCGCGGGCACCAGCGCGGGCAGGAGCGGCUGCAGGAGCUGCGAUCCCGGCUGGAGUCACUGCGGGAGGAGCUGCGGAGCGUCGAGGCCGGCGCGGGCGGCGCGGGGGCGCACGUGCGCGCCAUGCUGCGCUUCCUCGAGGCCGCGCGCGAUUCCUGCGGGCGGGAGCUGCGCGGGCACGGCCGGGAGCUGCGGGAGAUGAGCAGGGACGCGGCGGCGAUCCGGGCGGGAACGGAGGAGCUGCGGGAGCGAUCCGGGAUGCUGAGAAUGCGGCUGGAGCUGGGCGUGAGGAACCUGAGCCUGGCCGUGCAGGAGAUGAGGGCGGUGGAUGCGCGGCACGGGGAGAUGCUGCGGAACGCCAGCCAGAUCCGAGGCGUUCCGGGGCUGCCGGGGCCGCGCGGCCCCGAGGGCGACACCGGGCCCGGGGGCGCUCCGGGAGCUGCGGGCCCCGGGGGCGGCCGCGGGGAUUGGGGAGCGCCGGGAGCGCCGGGAGCGCCGCCGGGAGCGCCCGGAGCGCCGGGAACGCGCGGAGAACCGGGCCCGAGCGGAGCGCCGGGGAGCCCCGGGCCCAAGGGCGCCAAGGGCGGGAUGGGCCUGCCCGGAGCCCGCGGGGAACCGGGGACACCGGGCGGGAGCGGAGCCCCGGGAGCCCAGGGGCGGGGGAGCCCGGGGAGAGGGGAGAGCCGGGAAUACCGGGGACACCGGGACCGCCCGGGCCACCGGGACCGCCCGGACCACCGGGACCAUGACUGGGACAGGGGGACAGGGACAGAGGGGGAGCCCGGGGAGAGCCGGGAAUACCGGGACUGCCGGGACCACCGGGACUCUGACCGGGACAGGGGGACAGGGGACAGCAGGGACACGGAGAGCCCGGGGAGACGGGAGAGCCGGCAAUACCGGGACUGCCGGGACCACCGGGACCAUGACUGGGACAGGGGGACAGGGACAGCGGGGGAGCCCGGGGAGAGGGGGGAAUACCGGGACUGCCGGGACCACCGGGACCAUGACUGGGGACAGGGACACAGGGACAGCGGGGGAGCCCGGGGAGAGGUGGAAGCCGGGAAUACCGGGACUGCCGGGACCAUGACUGGGGACAGGGGGACGGGGGACAGCGGGACAGCCCGGAGCCCGCGGGGAGACCGGCAGAGCCGGGGAACCGGGAACAGCGGGGACAGAGGGGGAGCCCGGGGAGAGGGGAGCGCCGGGAAUACCGGGGGCCAUGAAUGA